ACCAAAUUGUUAUUAAAUAUGUCCUGCAGAAAUAAUAUCUUCUUCAACUACUCUCACGUCUUCUUUUAUAAAAGCAAGCCAUAGGACGAAAACCUUAUCUUAUAGCAAAGAUGCGUGACAUCAAAGGCUUACUCAUCCUAUCGAUCAUCUUACUCCUGGUCUUGUCUCAGUCCCUUCUUUUGUGUUCAGGUCAUGUCGAUCACGAAGCUGGUGUGACAAGGAAGCUUGGAGUCUUCAUAAGGAGAAGGGCAAGAAGAUUCAGAGGACAUCGCCCCACAUCUGCUUCCAUUACACUUUUGUCAGGCUCCUUCCAUAUGACUGCUUGCCUUGCCACCUCUAGUUCUUGCAGUUCUCUUCUUUUCUAGGUUCCAUCUACUAUCAAAAGUAGUUUUCUUUUUCUACUCUCCUUACAAGAAUUGUGUAGUACAUAGUAACACGUCUUUGUAAUGCGUUUAUGUAAGUUGAGUUCUACAUAAGCAUGUAUUUGUACAAAUUUAAUGCUUGAAAAUUGUGAGCUUAUCAUGUUGUC